AACAUAAACAAACGGGGUAAGGUUCAAAUUAGAACACGUUUUCUUUUCUCCAGUGAAGGUAAUGUAUCGUGAAAGUGGGAGGGAAACCUCUGCAUGAGCAACGACCACCCGACACUGCAGCGUUGAGUCCGAGCGAAUGGCCGCCAGGUGGCGCUGUUCGAUUAAUACAAAACUGGCCGAAGUCGCCACCUUGAAACCCAUUGGUUUCUUCGUAUGAGCCACUUGGUGGUGUUGUUGCUGUGUUGUGGCGAAAUCGGAACCGAAGUGGACAAAACGCGGGCUGGAGCUUCGUCCGUAUAGUGCUGGUUACUGAUCGUUUUAUCAUUGUCUCUUAGUUGUGUCGAUCGUUUGUUAGUUCCGACUCGGACGAAGAUGACUGCCGUGCUUCCCCGUAUUGAGCAGUUGUCGUCACGAGUGGUUCGAGUUCUGGGUUGUAAUCCCGGGCCUAUGACCCUGCAGGGAACCAACACUUACUUGGUGGGAACCGGGAACAGACGUAUCCUGAUAGACACAGGAGAGCCGUCGGUGCCAGAGUACAUCUGCAACUUAAAGAAAGCCCUCACCCAAUUCGACACAUCCAUCCAGGAAAUCAUUGUAACUCACUGGCAUUGCGACCACAGCGGUGGAGUGGCUGACAUCUGCAAGGAGUUCUUUGGAGGUUCAGAGGUGCGCGUUAGCAAGCUUCCUCGAUCACCUCCCCUUGAGGAAGCUAUUGAAGCUAUUGACAAGAGAUACAAUUAUCUGAAGGAUGGGGAUAUCGUAGCAACAGAGGGUGCUACGCUCAAGGUCCUUUUCACCCCUGGCCACACAGAUGAUCACAUGGCUUUAAUGCUGGAGGAGGAGAAGGCUGUGUUUUCUGGAGACUGCAUAUUGGGUGAGGGGACAGCUGUGUUUGAGGACCUCUAUGACUACAUGAGAUCUUUGCGUAUUCUGCUUAACACCACAGCCGACAUGAUCUACCCAGGUCAUGGCCCUGUAGUCCAGGAUGCAGGCAGUAAGAUUCAACAGUACAUAGCACAUAGGCAGCUCCGUGAACAGCAGAUCCUGGAAGUCCUGCAGGAGGCUGCUGGAACACCACUGACAGCUGCAGAGCUGGUUAAAAUAGUCUACAAGGAGACACCUGAGCAUCUGCACAAAGCAGCAGAAGUGAACCUUGUGCAUCACUUGAGAAAGCUGGAGAAAGAUGGCAAAAUAAACAGCAUAUGCGAGCCAUCUGAAACCCCAAAAUGGAAGAGUAAUUUGUGAUCCAGGGAUGAUACGAGUGAUCCCCAGUUUCACCGCUCAAGUGCCAAUACAGAAUGUCGGUUGAAGGAGUUCAAGAUUGCAUAGCAUUAGAGAAAGUUUUUUAAAAUCAGGAUUUGAAUUUUCACCGACUGUCUAGUGAUCGUGGGUUUUCACCAACUUUUUUUGUUACUUUUGACUUUCCAAGGUGGACCUUUAACAUACAACUAAGGAUUGCUCCAAUGUAGUAUCGUUAGGUUAGUUCAUUUGAAAUAUAAAAGGAGAGAAGCUGACAAAUUUCUGCAAGAUGUGUUUUGUGUGUUCCAUCAUGUCAUCUACAUAAUUUGUGGACUUGAGUUAAUCAUUUACACAAAUGGAUAUUUUUACUGAAUUAAUUCACUUUACAGACAUGUAUAGAGGCAAUACUAUAGAUUAACUGCUUAUGUAAUGCACACAUUGCAUUUUCUAUGAGUUUUAUGUCACUUUGGAGAAAAGUGUCUUCUAAAUGAAUAAAUGUACAUGGAAGCAUAUCUGCUCCUGGGGUUAUACUAGCUUUUCAUUUUCAGUGACCUGUAACAGACCAGUUUUUUCACCGGUGCAUUUCUUUCACAUUAAUCUGUGACCGCAGACAUGGAAAAACAGGAUCUUUCAGUUAAGAUGAUACGUAACCAUUUUUAAAGGUGAAACUGACUUGUGUGCAGCACGUGUGGGGUGGUCAUGUUAAAAUUGACAGGUGCAUUUAUCUGCAGUGGGGGGAAAAAUUUUAAAGAUAAGUAUUCCCAAACAUCCAGAUAUGAGACCACACCACAUCUGCAGUUACAACUCAGAAAGGGAGUAGAGCAGCUCUAACCAAAACACAUGCCGCUGACAUAGGAGGGGUGCAUCUCCUAUCCUCACUUCCUGAGGUUUGCUGGAUCCAAGCAGUAGAGAAACCCAUACAAUUUGUACCUCACGCUGUCUUCACCUUUGUUAAAAGUUGUCAGCCUUAUUUAAAUGUUUCACUUAUAUUGCUAUUCUGGCAGAGAAUAGUAAGGAAUGUGACAUGAAAUGUAUAAACCCUUUUGUUUAUUGAAAUUGCAUUCAACUGAACACAUCAUUAUAACCUCAGAAGAAACAUUGUAGUAUUUUUUUGCCCCAGUAAAGUAUGAAAUACAUGCUAUAGCAAUCAGUGCAUCAUUUAUGGCAUGUUUACACUUCGUACAAAUGAUUAAUGCACUUAUUUUACAUUCCACGUAGUGCCCUGGUGGAAAUCAGAAGGAUUUGGUAUCUUUUCAUAGUUAUUGAAAAAUCAUGCAGAAAUCUCCUACAUACAGUCCUCAACAUGCUUCAUAUUUUGCAUAAUAAGUGGAUCAGCUGCUAGUCUCCAGGCCAUCAUAUAUUCCGAAAGUCAAAUGAGAGCAACAUCAAAAGUACAACAUGACGCACCGGAACUCCCAUCAAUGCCUGAACACCUGAAGUAGU